AUGACCUCCGAGGUCGCCUUCGAGCCCAAAGACUCCCGCGUCGAGGUGUACAGCCUGGGCGAUUUCACGCUCCUCUCGGGCGAGGUGAUCCCAAAUGCGCACAUCGCCUUUCGUCGCUAUGGAAACCCGUCCAAGCCCGCGAUCGUCUAUCCUACAUGGUACUCGGGCACGAUCACCGAUGGCAACCAGUGGCUCAUUCGCGACCCUCGCACUCUGCCGGACGUGCGUUCGCUCGAUGCGAGCAAAUUCUUCAUCAUCGUCCCCGCGCUGUUUGGCAACGGCGAGUCGUCCUCCCCUUCGAACCAUCCUUUAGGGUACGACAUGCCACGUGCGACGUUCUACGACAACGUGCGAGCGCAGCACCAGCUGGUGUACGAGCAUCUGGGCGUCAAAGGCAAGGUGGUGGUGCUCGGAUGGUCCAUGGGUGCCGGGCAGACGUUUCAGUGGGCCUCCCAAUACCCGGACCAGGUGCGCGCUGCCGUGCCCUUCUGCGGAUCUGCCCGCACGGCGCUUCACAAUUGGGUCUUCCUAGAAUCACUCAAACAGACCCUCACACUCGAUCCCAAGUGGAAGGGGGGAAAGUACGACCCCGCCAACCCACCCGUCGAUGGGUUGAAGGCAUUCGGUACCAUCUACGCCGGCUGGGGCUUCAGUCAGGCCUUCUACCGCGAAGACGGCUUCAAGAAACAUUUCAGGUUGGAAGGUGGUAGCAAUAUCUUGGGCAACUUCUGGCAUGCUUGGGCCACGUCGAAGGACGCCAAUAAUUUGCUGUACAUGCUGUGGACCUGGCAGCACGGCGAUAUCGGCGCUCAACCGAGGUAUGCCGGUGCCAGCAAGCGCGAUCUGCCCCAGAAGGAGGGUGGGAGACUGGGGACGAGGGGCGAUGGAGGCGUGACGACGAGCGAGGACGAUGCGGCGUUCGAGAGGGCGCUGAAGGGCAUCGAGUGUCCAACGCUGAUCGUGCCGGGGAAGACGGAUCUGUACUUUCCGCCAGAGGACUCGGAGAACGAGGCUAAAGUGAUGGGUGAGACAGCGACGCUCGAAGUAAUUCCGAGCAUCUGGGGUCAUUGGGCAGGAGGACCAGGAGACUCGUUGGAAGACGUCAAGUGGUUGGAUGACAAGAUCUAUGCCUUCUUCCAGAAGCAUGGCAUCGUCGAUUGA